AUGAACGAUUUCAAUAACAACGAAGUUCCGAUUCUGUCGAUAGCACGUACAGAACGGUCUGAUGAACCUGAGGUUUCUUCUUUUCGAAGAAACGUAUUGAGGACACGAAGUGCCUCGAUGUCUAUUCCUAUGGUUUCUUUGGAUCAUCCAUAUGACAGACAGCCGAAUCUUGUCGGACAUACUGGUCCGCUUCGUACCGUGAAAAGAACUCCGAAUGGCCAAAUGAGUGGUCCACUGCAUGCUACUUCUGCAACUACUGGAAAUCCUUUUCAGAAUAGUUUAGUAGUGGCACGAAACCAGUAGGAGAGGACAUAUGAAAAUCGUAGGGGUAAUGACUAUGACCGAAAAAAUGAACACUUGUUGAGGUAUCUUUAUUGCACUAGUUGCCCAACUUACAUCAAAGUUUCUCAGCAAAGAAAACCAAGUGGUGCAUCUGCUAUAUUUGAUCCCAAGUUCCACAACUCCCUUUAUGGUGAUGCCAGAGGUUUCAGAAGAAAACUUCUUUCUUUUUGCUUUUCAUGUAUUCCUGUUGUUAUGAACCCUCACAAUAAAGUUGUACAACAAUGGAACAAGUUUUUGGCUAUAUCUUGCCUGGUUGCAAUUUUUGUUGAUUCAUUAUUUUUCUUCUCAAUCUAUGUGGAUAAGCAUUUUUUAAAUAUUGUUAUCAACUGGAAAUUGGCAAAAAUACUUGUUUUACUUAGAAGCAUUACCGAUGUUGUGUAUUUCUUGAACAUUCUUCUCCAGAGUGAUUUCGAUCGAGUUGAAGAAACCCUAAUUGCUAUGGAAACAAGGUUGAAGAAAGAAAUUAAAGAAAAGAAUAGAGAAAUUGGACUUUUGAACGAGAAAGUUAAUUUUCCGAGGACUGAAAAAAUGUCAGUUGAAAUGGAACUGAAGAGUGUGAAGGAACUUAAAAAAGAUGGAGGAGACAUUGUUGAAACAGAGAAUGUUAGGGUUAGCGGUGGUGCUUUAUGUACCGUGAUUCAAUCUUUUUGUUUGAAUAUACUAAAUGUUGCUUGA